CAAUGGGAGCAGGGGGCAGAGGGCAGCGCCUGAGCUCCACGUGUGGGCCACGCAACCACGCAACCUGUUGCUGGGUAACCGCAUCUCCCCUCACCGCCCCAGCACAUCGUCCUGAGCCGCCCAUCCUGUCUCCAGCCACCUUCUGCAGUCUCAAACACCGUCAUCAGUGGGACCCUGAAGGCCGAAGGGAGAAACAAGAGGGCAACCACCACCCUUGAGCCACCUGCGGCUCUGCUACCCACCAUUUCACUGUGAAGAGUCAGCUGCCUGGGCUGGGAGGUCACUGCCACCAUGAGUCUGGGCAUCAUGGAAGAGGAAGACCUGGCCGAGUACUUCCGGCUGAAGUAUGGGGGGCGGCUGCUGCAGAUGCUGCACCCCAGACUAAUCCACCUCAGAACACACAGCCCUGUUGCAUUCACAUCUUGGACAGGAAGUUCCCCAAUGUUCAGGGAGAGUUGGAGUCACCAUCCAUCCAGCUACUGGAGAAGAAAAAGGAGAUGAAGAUCAUUCAUCAUGCUUUGGUGCAGAAGAAGAAGAUGUUUCAGCUCAGAAUGGAAAGCCUGAACCUGCGCUGGGAGGAACUGGGCAUUAAGGAAGCCCAGCUGAAGGCUCACAUCCAGAAGUUUGAGCAGUUCAUCCAGGAGAACGACCAGAAACGGAUCCGAGCCAUGAAGAAAGUCAACAAGGAGCGAGAACUCAAGUGUCGGCACUUGCGGGAGCUGACCAGGGGCAAGCAGGAGAUGGUGGCGCUGCGGCUGGAGCACCAGCGUCUGAGCGCCAAGCUGCAGGACUACUCCAUCUUCAACAAGUACCUAGAGAAAGUGGUGGAGAACUCUGAGUUCGAGGAGAUCCAUGAGGUGAUCGCGCGCUACAAGACACUGGUGAGCAUGCACCAUGACCUCAUGCAGUCUGCGCAGGAGGGGCAGGAGAAGAUUGAGCACGCCAAAGCCCGGCUGGCACACUACAUGGAAGAGAAGGAUGAUGAAAUCCUGCAGCAAAACAAUGAGCUGGCAAGGCUGCAGAUGCGUUUUGACCGUGCCCGCAGCAACGUCAUCAUCUGGGAAUCUCGCUGGGCGCACAUCCAGAACACUGCAGCCAAGAAGACCCUCCUGCUUGGCACCAUUAAGAUGGCCACGCUGAACCUCUUCCAGAUCGUGAGCAAGCAGCUGAAGGAGGCGACUGAGGUGGCGCUGGAGGACACACACAAGCAGCUGGACAUGAUCCAGCAGUUUAUCCAAGACCUGUCAGACAUCUGGGUAGAGGUGAAAAAGAAGGAACAACAGCAAGUCCGAGUCUAAGGCGGCAGCCUGGUUCCAGAACGUCCUGAGACGGAAACCAUGAGAGGAUAAGCCGGGAACCUGCAGUCCAGUCAGUCCAGCGGGGACCGACGCCCCUGUGCCUUCCUGCUGGGGAGCACCUGGCUGUUUUCCCCUUGGGCCCCACUCAAUCCCUGAAAAUAGUGUUAUAAGAAGUGUGUUCUCAAGUUC